ACAGAGGCGCAGGAAUGGGCGAGGAGGACCCGGUGCUGAGCCCGGGGGCUCUGUGGUCGCUGCUCUUGUGUUUUGUUCAGUUGCCUCUGGCUUGCGGUCUGUCGCUGUCCUUCGGCCGGCAAUGUGCUCCACCGGACCGGGCGCUCCUGGCCUGGCUCUUCUACGACUGCAUUGUGCACUUUACCUUGGAAGGGCCAUUUGUUUACAUGUCCUUGGUGGGGACUGUGGAUCAAUCCAAUCACGUUCUUGCUUUUCUGUGGCAAGAAUAUGGAAAAGCAGAUGCAAGAUGGCUUUACUCUGAUCCGACCAUUGUAUCAUUAGAAAUCCUGACAGUGGCACUGGAUGGGUUUUUAGCACUGCUUCUUAUCUAUGCAAUUGUGAAGGAUAAAUAUUAUAGGCACUUUGUGCAGAUCACACUAUGUGUUUGUGAACUGUACGGUGGCUGGAUGACCUUCUGCCCGGAGUGGCUCACAGGAAACCCAAACCUGAAUACCGGCAACUGGUUUUAUCUCUGGGUCUACCUGGCUUUCUUCAACGGGGUGUGGCUGGUUGUUCCAGGACUAUUGCUGUGGCACUCUUGGCUCAGUCUCAAGGAAAUGCACCAAAAGAAAAUCAGUGCAGAGAAAAAAUUAGAAUAAACAGUUCUGCCAAUACAGCCAGGAGAAAAUGAACCCUCUAGAAGUUUCUGGUAAAGAAAAGUUCAUAGAAUUCCAUCAAAAUAAUGGAUUUAUUUUACAUUUGAUUUAUAUUUUACAAUUGGUUAUAUUCAAUGCAGUUACAUUCCAUCAUUCAUAAGCAAUAGUUCCUCUUUUUAAUUAUAUAAGCAUGAACUGUGUCCUGAGAAAUCAUGAAGUUAUUGUCAAAUGCUGAGAAUUGGCUUGCAUUUAUAUGGGCCUCUCACUGCCCAUGAAUACCUCAAAACAGGUUACAGCCUAUAAAGUACUUCUGAAGAAGUUAUUUGUGAAUGUAACAGCUAAUCGGCAUUAGUUGCACUCUAAUUACUUAAUUGAGCUGUCAGGUUGUGAUGUAGGCAACGAUGGCUUCAGAUUUGAUGGACAGUGACCAUCAGUUCACAUAAUAAUGAAGACCAUUCUACCAAGUAGCAAGUUUUGGAGUUCUCUUUUAAUUUUUCAACAAUGUUAUAUUUUUACUUGCAACACACAUAAAAGUUGCUGGUGAACACAGCAGGCCAGGCAGCAUCUCUAGGAAGAGAUGCAGUCGACGUUUCGGGACGAGACCCUUCGUCAGGACUAACUGAAAGAAGAGCUAGUAAGAAAUUUGAGAGGGGGAGGGGGAGAUCCGAAAUGAUAGGAGAAGACAGGAGGGGGAGGGAUGGAGCCAAGAGCUGGACAGUUGAUUGGCAAAAGGGAUAUGAGAGGAUCAUGCAACUUUUAUGUGUGUUGCUUGAAAUUCCAGCAUCUGCAGAUUUCCUCGUUCGUAUUUUUAAUUUCUGUUUUAUUUUAAUCUCUAAAUUACCAUAUUGUAACAACAUUUCUGUUUCAACAUUAGUUAACUGCAGAGUUGACUCUGUAGUUUUUUUAAAUGUCAAAAAUGACAGGUUUAGAUGUGUGUCCUAAAACAUCUGUUUUGGGUUUUUUUAGAUUUUAGAAAGAAGCUUUAUUGGGUUUGUUUAAAAAAUUAAACAAUUCUGCUUAAUAUUGUCAAUUCUUUAAAGAUAUUUUAACAUUCAUGCUGUUCUUUGAUCUGUAAUGAAAUUUAAAGUAUAAAACUUUACAUUACACAUUUAAAGCUUUCUGGUUGAUCCAAUUUAGAGGUUACCAUAACCUUCUCACUUACACUAUACAAUAUGUCACCUGUUGAUGUUACUAAGUUUCAGAUUUAUACUAUUACUAUCCAACUUCUUGGGUCUUCAUUCUACCUCCUGGAAUGUUUAAAUCGAUGAGCUUCUGAAAUACUAUUGGAAUUGCCCCAUCUGUGUACUGGUAUGAAGAUUUAUCACAGCUUCGUGUUUUCCCCAUCCAUUUAAAUGUUUUGUUUUGCUGAUUAAUGUGAUGUAUAGGCAUCCGGGGAACCCAACCCAUUGGCAUGUAAUAGCAACUAUUGUGUAAGAAUUGUCUUUUGAUAUUAUCUUUGCAGAUUUGUUUAGUGAAGAUUAAAAGUAUUGUUAUCAUCUCAGAUUUAUUGCAUGUAAUAAUACAGGUACUUUUAAAUUUAGCAC